AUGGCUUGUUCUGCUGCUGAGUGCGUUUGUGCAAAGAAGUCCACGUGCUCGUGUGGCAAGCAGGCUGCUUUGCACUGUAACUGCGAAAAGGCUCCUGUUGAAAACGCCCAGCCUCCUAAAGACGGAUCCUGCGCUUGCGGCAAAAGAAUGAAGGGUCAAUGCACCUGUGGUGUCAGUGAGGCCUCAUGUGCCAGAGAAGGCGAGGUCGACUUCACCGGCGCGUAA